GCCAUCUACCGGUCGGGCGCUCAAUCACACGAAUCGUGUCUAGACUCUUUGCGCACUAGGACCCUGAAACGAUAGAGACAGACAGAAGUCAACAUGGCAGACAGAGAGACAGCCACAGAUCCUCUCAAACACAGAGUUUAUGAGGAGCUGCUCAGUCCGUCAGAGCUGUUUGAGGCGAGGUCCCGGAGCCAUAAGAUACCGGUGAGGGGUCAGAAAGACUUCCUGCCCAGUGGGUCGGAGCAGCAGACGACCCGUCUACAGCAGAGUCUGGAUGAGCACUGGACGCUCCUGACCGAGGAGAGGGUCGAGAGACUAGGGAAUCUAGUGAAAGCCGUCUGGAUCCCUGACGAACGACUGGUGGAGCUGCAGUCACCUGCAGGGAAGUUUUGGCAGACAAUGGGUUUUUCAGAGAGAGGCAAGCAGUACCUGCUUCCUGAAGAGGCUCUUUACCUUAUGGAGUGUGGUAAUGUGCAGGUGUUUUACCGGGACCUCCCUUUAUCCAUUCAGGAGGGAUAUGAGCGCUUCCUCUCUCGUGAGACUGUGACUCUUCAUCAGUACCAGGUUUUUGGACAUUUGAAAAGGCUUGGGUAUGUUGUGAACAGAUUUGACUCCAGUUCAGUCCCGUCCACAUAUGAGAGACAGCUGAAUCUGCCAGCAUCAUCAUGGGACAAACAGAGGAAACAGCUGAAGAGGAAGCGCUCGGGAAGUCCUGUGUCCAGUGACAAACAAAACACAGCACCAGAGGAGAAGAUGACAACUGAAGACCAGAGCGAGGAGCUAGUCAAGACAGAUCCGCGUCUGGAGGAGCCCAUGCAGUCCACCGAUGCCUCUGACAGGACGUGGUGGAUGGAGGCGGAUGUCCAGCCGUCUCCUGCUCAAGCUCCAAGCGCAGCUCCUCGCUGGGACUUCAGCAGCAUCUCUUUCCCAGACCUGGGGUCUCGCCGGAGCGGCUGCGUCUCUCUGGCGUCUCCAGACCCCAGCCUGCUGCCAGGAGCGCUGGAGGUGGGCGGCUGCGAUCUGUCCCUGUGGCUCAGCAGGGUCAACGUGAAGCAGGAGAAGCUGUCGCGGCGGGACAGGGAGCGUCAGAGAGACCGGGAUCGCUACCACAGGGAUAUUAACAGUGACCGAGAGGUGCGGCACUGCAGGAACUGGGCCGAGUAUUUGCAGCUGCUGGAGGACAGGAGGAGACGGAGGCAGAAAGAUAGACCCGUGCAUCUGUGGGAGCAGGAGGUGACGCCGCUCACUCAGCCCGGACAGUGCACCUCACACCGUGAACUGCUGGACCAGAUCAGCAUCAUCAAGUCUUCGAGCUGGUCUGAGGGGGUUUCCAGCUUGUCCUCAUCAGACCAGUGGAAGAUUAGCUUUGAUAUUUACCAACCAGACACGGUGGCAGAGUUCAAAAAGAGCCACCCUGGAAAGCCUUACACCCGCAUGUGUGUCUGCAGUUUUGACGGUCCGGUGCCUGAUCUGAAUGCCAUGAAGCUGCUGUCCUUCCAAAGCGGAGACGUCCCGGUCACUUUUGCAGUGGUGGAUCAUGGGGACAUCUCCUUUUAUUGCUUCAAGGAUUUCAAACUGCCGACUGAUGCAUAUUAAAGGAGGAUUUCUAAAACUGGACUGAUCUCAGGGCAUUAAUGAGAUUGAGUUCAGCCAAUAAUGAAAGUUCGGUCAUCGUUUACUCCGCCUCACGUAGUUCCAGGAAUGUUGGUAACCAAAUAUUGUCUGUUCCCAUUGACUUGUAUUUUUUUAUUCACACAGAGGAGGUGAAUGGGAACCGAAAUUCUUCAAAGAUUACCAACAUUGUUCAAAAAUGUUAAGAAAAAAAUGAAAGUCGUAGAGUUUUGGAAUAGCAUGAUGGUGAGAAAAUGAUGACUGAAUGUGCAUUUUUAGGUGAACUAUUACUUUGAGUUGCUUUUAAUACAAAACCAUUUAGAAUGCGUCAUGUGCAAGUUAUGCCAUAAACUACUAACACCAUAAAAUGUCUAUUGUUUGGACAGAAAAACAACAACAACAAACAGCUAAUUUUGUAUUAUCUUCAUAAUCAUCUCUACUGGUUACUAGAAUACUAGUUAACAAGCUUUCAGGGUAUGUUGGUUUGAGUUUUGUUUCUGGCCCUAUUUCUGUACUCCAUAUUGGAAGUACUAUAUGUCAGCCUUGGUUUACUAAGAUUUAUGAUUUUGUUUAUGUUAUAUUAUAUUAUGUUUCAAGAAACAUCUAAAGACUCAUCUUUUUCGCCUGCACUUAACCUACUAACACCAGUACUUUUCCUCUUCUUGUCUUUUUCAUUUAAUUAAAAAAAAAAAAAAAAAAAAAAAUACCUGGCUAUGCGUUCUAUACUAGACUAACUGAGACUUGUCAUGGCACUUGUAUUCUGUUGUUGUUCUCUUGUUGACCUGACUGCUUCUAUUGUUCUCAUUUGUAAGUGGCUUUGGAUAAAAGCGUCUGCUAAAUGAUUAAAUGUAAAUGUAAAUGUAAAUGAUGGUUAUUCAUUGUAGUACAGUGCUGUCACAAUAUUCCGUGGAGAAUGGGAAAGCUAGAGCUUAGACGAACGUUUCAGAUGGUCAAGGUUUGGUGUUGGAUGAAACUAAAGUAAUAACUCAAUAAAACAAUCCAUUUCA